ACCAACUUGGGACUGUCGCUGCGGGUGAGAGGUCAGUAACGCUGAGACCGCUCGCCAUAACACCGAGUGAUAUUAUACUGCAGCAUCCCAGGACAAUGUGACCCUUCUUGGAUCACCUUCAUUAGCUAGUUGGAACAACUCGGAGUGCAAGCCAGUGCACGGGCGCUUGGGCCAAGAUUUACCGGAGAGUGCACCGACUGCGUCGCCUGCUGCACGAUCUAUCACACCGGCUGCAGUUAGCUAGCACUAGCACGGGGAGACGUCUCUUAGCCCCUGCGGUGACUUCUCGACCAUGCGACAGUGGUGCCUCCCUGCUGUGGCUCCACGCACUGAACCGCUCCCUACGGGCCGAUUAUCACCUCAGCUGUCAGAUGCAGAAGUAUUAACUGCUCUUCUCUCAGAUGCCAGGAUGGAGUGUUGCGAUGUGGAACCCCGCUAUACCAUUGAGCAGAUUGACCUGCUCCAGCGCCUCAGGCUGUCAGGGCUAACCAAACCUCAGAUAAUCCAAGCCCUGGAGUCUCUAGAGAGACUGGAUCCAGACCACCGCACCCCUUGCUGUGACAAUCACUCAGCCCCACCCACUGCUCCUACCUCCGCGGCCCCGGCUGCCCCCUCUUCCUCCUCGUCGUCCUCCUCUCUCACCUCAGCUACCACACAAACCCCUGUCUUGGAUGCUGCGCUGUCACCAAGCAACAGCUACGAUGCUUCACCUCCACCUCUGUACCCACCCAGUGGGGUUCAGAGGUCAUUUAGUUAUGAUCUGGCAGAAGAGGACUGGGAUCUUGAGGAAAAGGUGGAGGAAUACAUGAGGAGGGACAGUAACCUGGUAAAGGAGGAGAUCAAGGCUUUCCUGAAUAACAGGAGAAUCUCUCAGGCUAUUGUUGGGCAAGUUACAGGUAUCAGUCAGAGCUACAUCUCCCAGUGGCUACUGCAGCAGGGUCUGGAGAUGAGCGAUUCCAAACGCAGGGCCUUCUACCGCUGGUACCUGCUGGAGCGUAACAGCCCAGGGUUCAGAUGGAGUGAAAACCAGCAUGCUCAGGGCCCCAGGAGCAGAACUGACACCCCUUGGAGUAGACAGAGAGAACUACUGAUGCACCUGCUCCCCUGGUACUCUGCACACCAGUCCCAGCCAGGUGCUACACUGUCCAUGCGCUCCUUGGUCAAAGAAGAACCUGACUGGAGGGUUGCUGCUAGCCCCGGAGACAGGGCAGCUGUGAGCGGGCCUUUCAGACUGAGGAGGGGCAGCCGUUUCACAUGGAGAAAAGAGUGUCAGUCAAUCAUGGAGAGUUUCUUUAUAGAGAAUCAAUAUCCUGAUGAAGCGAAAAGAGAGGAGAUUGCCAAUGCCUGUAAUUCAGUCAUCCAAAAACCAGGAUGCAAACUUUCAGAAUUUGAGAGAGUCACAGCACUCAAAGUGUAUAACUGGUUUGCCAAUCGCAGGAAGGAGAUGAAGAGGCGUGCCAACAUAGAGGCUGCCAUUCUUGAGAGCCAUGGAAUAGAGGUACCAAGCCCCAGCUGUCAUUCCAAUGGAGAAGAGCUUGAGAACCAAGAUUUUGGGGAUCAGGUGGUGAAUCAGCGAUUUUCUGAGCAGGAGGAUCUCUCUCAAAGAAAGGAAAGUGAGCAAGAUGGAACCACGUUGCCAGCAGUAGAAGUAGUGCCUCUUGCAAGUCCUGCCCAACAUAUGGAUCAGAGGCUGGAGGAAUCGAAAAGGGAGGCCACUGAUGAGGAGUGAGCAGUGGCUGGAGUCAGCAUCUUAUUUUAGUGGCCUGAAAUUGUGCCGCUUAGUGUCAUUGUUAGACAUUUCUGAGGAUGACAUCUAAGUCAGGCCAGACACCAAACUUUCUGGUGCCUCUACUGGUAGGGAGGCAGCCAUAUGUAUCUGCAGUAAUCACGCUUGUAGUAAUGGCAAUAUUUAUCUCUAUACACUAUAUUGUGCAUUCCAAGACAGUCUUAAUGCAUAUUCUAAGAAGGAAAGAUGCGUAUGGUGCAAACUGGUAACCUUCCACCUCAUGCUAAAGCCUUUUUUCAUUCUCUCACUCUUCUCAUGCCUAACAGUUUCAAGUAUUUUGCAAACCUCAUAAAACAGCAGCAAGCAGUGUGAGAGGAACCUGCAGGACAGGUGUUUGGGUGUGGUGACGGGGUGCACUAAACGUGUGAAGCUUGUGUAAAUGCAGGCAGUGUGGAAAUAUCCUUACUGAUAUGCACUAGUUCUUGUACAGGAUUGGACAGCUACACAAUCUGAACACCACCACCAACUCAGGUAAAACUAAAUUUGGGAUAUGACGGAGAGCAAAUGGUCCCAUAUUCACUCACUAUCUCUAAAGUCAAUAAUAGAGACCUCGGGGUUGGGAUUUUGUGUCUCAGAUCACUUUACCAUCUGUGUUUAUAUGUCUUUUUUCUUCACACUUUUAGUAAACAAAGCUGAGAGAUUUUCUUUAAAUAUGAUCUAUUCAUCAAGCAGAUAAUCAUGACUUUUCACUCUUUUUAUAUUAACCACUACUUCAAGCCUUUCUGUACCCAGUCACUUAAGCUAUUGUGACUUCUGCCUGGUACUUGGGCUCUAAAAUGCUUCAUUUUAUAUAUAUAAAAAUCCUACUUAUGGUUUGCUAUGAGCACCAUUAUUACUUUCAUAAGCUAAUGCAGUAUGUAAAGCUACAAAAUGUCAAAAUUAGAAUUUAAUGCAAAGAGCUGCUUUCAGGUGGAGGAUCCACUGUUUGUUUGUUUUUUUCUCCUUGUCUCUUUCAAGCCAAAGCUAUGCCAAGGUACGUCAUCAUACACAGAGAAUAAUUUUUAUGUGGUCAAAAACAAAUUGUCAUUCUCUGAUGAUAAGUUUAAAGUAUGAGCAAUGUGGCGAAAUGAAAUGUGCUCUGAGUGUGGGAAGGCUUUAAGCCAUGAUAAAUUCAAGCCUAGUCCAGCUCCAUGUGCAAGAACAACAAUGUUGCACGCUGCCAAGGGCCAUCUCUGUCUGCAUUUCCCUGAUGACUUAAAUAAAACUAGUGUACAAGUA